AUGUUGCCGUAUAUCAACCUUCCGUUCCAGUAUGCUAGCUCUGCAACGGGUGCUUCAGUCGAUGAACUGAAGCUCAUCACCUCCUUCCUCCUCUCCUAUCCACUUGCUGGAGUCCUCAAGCGUAUACCAGAUGCAAAACCCUACCAGAAGAACUCCUUUAUCAUUGCGGUCUCGCUGUUCUACCUAGUCGGGCUAUUCGAUCUCUGGUCUGGAAUCCGCACGCUAUUCAUAAGUUCAGCUGGGGCAUACCUUAUUGCUUCGUACGUGGAUGGUCCUUUCAUGCCAUGGAUAGGAUUUGUAUUCGUCAUGGGCCAUAUGUCGGUCAACCAUAUUUCUCGUCAAUUUGCCAAUGCGCCUGACAAAGUUGACAUCACUGGGGCGCAAAUGGUGUUGGCCAUGAAGCUCACGGCCUUUUGCUGGAAUGUACAAGAUGGCCGGCUGCCGCAGAACGAUCUUGCAGACUUUCAGCUCGAAAGAGCCCUACCUCAGCUUCCAAAUCUCCUCGACUUCGCUGGCUAUGUCCUCUUCUUUCCCUCCCUAUUCGCCGGUCCUUCGUUCGAUUUUGUCGACUAUCGACGAUGGAUUGAAACUACCAUGUUUGAGAUACCAGCAGGGACAGAUCCAUCAGCAGCACCGAAAACACACAAGAAGCGAAAGAUCCCUAGCAGUAGUACUCCAGCUACCAUCAAAGCCGUGAUUGGGCUCGUGUGGAUCCUCUUGUUCCUCAAGUUUGCUGUUUGGUACAAUAGCAAUCUUGUCCUUGGAGACCAGUACAUGGAGUAUGGCUUCUUGAGACGGGUCUGGAUUUUGGAGAUGCUAGGCUUCUCCACUCGCAUGAAAUACUACGGUGUGUGGUAUCUUACCGAAGGCGCAUGCAUUCUCUCGGGUUUGGGCUACAACGGCGUGAACCCAAAAACGAACAAAGUAGACUGGAAUCGUUUACAAAAUGUGAACCCUUGGGGGAUCGAGUCAGCACAAAACUCGCGCGCCUACCUCGAAAACUGGAACAUGAACACCAAUCACUGGCUACGAAAUUAUAUGUAUCUGAGGGUGACUCCCAAAGGGAAAAAGCCGGGUUUUCGAGCCAGUCUGGCCACAUUCGUAACCAGCGCUUUCUGGCACGGCUUCUACCCAGGAUACUACCUAACAUUCAUUCUGGCGGCGUUUCUGCAGACGAUUGCUAAAAAUUUUCGGCGCCACAUUCGGCCAUUCUUUCUCACUCCUGACGGGCAACGUCCGACGCCAUACAAGAUAUAUUACGAUGUCCUCUCCUAUCUUGCUACUCAAACGGCCUUUUGCUUUACCACGGUGCCGUUCGUUCUCCUCACCCUUCCGGACUCCCUCCUCGUCUGGAUCCGCGUCUAUUUAUAUACCGUCCUCGGAGCGGCUGUGUCGAUGGCCUUCUUUGCCUCCCCCACUAAGCCGUGGCUUAUCAAAAAGCUGAGGAUGAGGAAUCAAAACGCGCUGCAACCGAAAGAAAAGAUCGAGCAUCCACUAAUGGGCUUGCCAAGUGAUCCAGCAGGAGACAUCGACGAGGCUGUUAGUGAAAUCAAAGAAGAAGUUGAAGCGAGGAGAAGAAGAGGGCAAAGCAUCAGCAUGCCUACUGGCGGAGACAUGAAAGUUGCUGUAGAGGAUAGGCUUGGACAGAAGAUAUAG